AAGGCAAAACAUCGGGGAGUCCUGUGGCUAUGGGCUAUAAUAUCACCUGCUUAGGAGGCCAGCAAGCCUCUCCCAGCUAGCUCUAGAGGUGGCUGUGAAAGUCUGUGCAGGAAGUCUGAGCUAAAAUAGGUGGAGAGAUGGGAUUAUAAUUGCCAUGGUGAGUCUGAGUUCCUGCUGCCUGCUCUGGGUGUGGAGAGAUUUUUUUGGUGUUGGUGCGGCUGUACCUGGCCUGGGAAGGAGAAUCCUGUCUUCGAAGCGUGUUGCCAGGAGUGCUGAUGUGCCAGAGCCGCGGCCAUGCUGCAGCAGAUCCUGGCAGACAUGUACAUCGAUCCUGAGCUGCUGGCAGAGCUCAGUGAGGAGCAGAAACAGAUCCUCUUCCUCAAGAUGAGGCAGGAGCAGGUCAGACGGUGGAAGGAGACAGAAGCUGCCGCAGACAAGAACUCACCGAAGAAAGUGAUCCAGAGGAAAGCACAUGGGAAGUCGGUGAAGUGGAAGCUCGGCACAGACAGCGAAGUCUGGGUCUGGGUCAUGGGCGAGCACACGUUGGAUAAGCCUUACGAUGUGAUCUGUGAGGAAAUCCAGGCACUGAGGGCUCAGCAGGAAGCAGGGGAAGCCAGAGGAAGUCAAACAUUCCUUGAACCGGCUGUACCAUGGUCCCUGCAUUCUCAGCCAGGAGCCCUGGGUGGGGCAGAUGCCAAAAGGAAGGAGGAGGAAACUGGAGAGAGGGAGAAGGAAGAUGUGAUAACAGCUGCUAAAAAGGAGAGAAGCUGGGAUCAUGCUCAGGCUGCUCCCACUAAUGGCAGAGACGUGCAGCAGAUGUUGGCCGAUUCCAAGGCUCAGACGAGGAAGUACGACUUUCAGCAGGGGAAGGAAUUAGCAAGGAGGAGGCCCGGAGGGAUGAGAGCAUCUGCGGAGAGGGCGCUGCACACUAACACCGACCGGAAGGAGGCCCAGGAGUCAGGGCAGAAAUCGGACAAGGACGAUCCCGAGUGGCAGGAAUCCUUGAGGAAAUCCAAAGCCGCUGACGAGCGGAGACGCUCCAUUGCCAAGCAGGCCAGGGACGACUACAACAGGCUGUCGCUGCAAGGGAUCCGCAAAGGGAAGGUAGCCGAAGUCUCCAAGAAUUUUGGGAGCAAGGAGCAGAGCUUGCCCCCCCGUCCUUCCCUUCCACCCAAGCCUAAAACCCUAAACUCUGGGGGAGCCAAUGGGAGGCCCCACAGGAAUCCGGGCGUGCAGAGGACCAUCUCCACUUCCACCCAGGAGAGCAUCAUCAGGUGGUUUAAAGAAGAGCAGUUUCCUCUUCAGGCUGGUUAUGAGAAAUCCACGGACAGGAUAGCACCCUGGUUCCACGGUAUCGUAACCCUCAGGCAAGCAGAGGAGCUCCUGAGCAAAUCGGUGCCCGGGAGCUUUCUGAUCCGGGUCAGUGAGAAAAUCAAAGGCUACGCACUCUCCCUUCUGUCCCUGGAGGGCUGCAAGCACUUUCUAAUAGAUGCCUCCAGCAACUCCUACAGCUUCCUGGGAGUGGACCAGUUGCAGCAUUCGACACUGGCCGACCUUGUCAACUACCACAAGGAGGAGCCCAUCACUUCUUUGGGGAAGGAGCUGCUGCUUUACCCAUGUGGCCAACAGGGUCCGGAACCUGACUACCUUGAUCUCUUUGAGUGAAAGCCUCCGUUCCCACCUUGUGACACACGCCCGUGCCUCCCCCUGAAUGAACAGAUGAACGGGUGUCUGAGAGACGGACCCCCCCAAUGCCCAGCCAGCACC